UUGAGCGGCGGCGCGCGCGUCAGCGUCAACGCCAGCGCCUGCGCACUGAGGGCGGCCUGGUCGUCGUCUGCGGCGGCGGCUGCGGCUGAGGAGCCCGGCUAAGGCGCCAGUACCCGGCCCGGUCCACAUUUUGCCUUCCGGCUUCGGUUUCCCUCGGCCCGGCACGCCCCGGCCCCGCCCCAGCCCUCCCGAUCUCUCGCAGCCCGGCUCCAGCCGCCCGCUUCUGCCGCCGCAAUGAUGAUGAUGGCGCUGAGCAAGACCUUCGGGCAGAAGCCCGUGAAGUUCCAGCUGGAGGACGACGGCGAGUUCUACAUGAUCGGCUCCGAGGUGGGAAACUACCUCCGUAUGUUCCGAGGUUCUCUGUACAAGAGAUACCCCUCACUCUGGAGGCGACUAGCCACUGUGGAAGAGAGGAAGAAAAUAGUUGCAUCGUCACAUGGUAAAAAAACAAAACCUAACACUAAGGAUCACGGAUACACAACUCUAGCCACCAGUGUGACCCUGUUAAAAGCCUCGGAAGUGGAAGAGAUUCUGGAUGGCAACGAUGAGAAGUACAAGGCUGUGUCCAUCAGCACAGAGCCCCCCACCUACCUCAGGGAACAGAAGGCCAAGAGGAACAGCCAGUGGGUACCCACCCUGCCCAACAGCUCCCACCACCUGGAUGCCGUGCCAUGCUCCACGACCAUCAACAGGAACCGCAUGGGCCGGGACAAGAAGAGAACCUUCCCCCUUUGCUUUGAUGACCACGACCCAGCUGUGAUCCACGAGAAUGCAUCUCAGCCCGAGGUGCUGGUCCCCAUCCGGCUGGACAUGGAGAUCGAUGGGCAGAAACUGCGAGACGCCUUCACCUGGAACAUGAAUGAGAAGUUGAUGACACCUGAGAUGUUUUCAGAAAUCCUCUGUGACGAUCUGGAUUUGAACCCACUGACGUUUGUGCCAGCUAUCGCCUCCGCCAUCAGACAGCAGAUUGAGUCCUACCCCACGGACAGCAUCCUGGAGGACCAGUCAGACCAGCGCGUCAUCAUCAAGCUGAACAUCCAUGUGGGAAACAUUUCCCUGGUGGACCAGUUUGAGUGGGACAUGUCAGAGAAGGAGAACUCGCCAGAGAAGUUUGCCCUGAAGCUGUGCUCAGAGCUGGGGUUGGGCGGGGAGUUUGUCACCACCAUCGCAUACAGCAUCCGGGGACAGCUGAGCUGGCAUCAGAAGACCUACGCCUUCAGUGAGAACCCUCUGCCCACAGUGGAGAUUGCCAUCCGGAACACGGGCGAUGCGGACCAGUGGUGCCCGCUGCUGGAGACGCUGACAGACGCCGAGAUGGAGAAGAAGAUCCGCGACCAGGACAGGAACACGAGGCGGAUGAGGCGUCUCGCCAACACAGCCCCAGCCUGGUAACCAGCCCAUCAGCACGCGGCUCCCACGGAGCAUCUCAGAAGAUUGGGCCGCCUCUCCUCCAUCUUCUGGCAAGGACAGAGGCGAGGGAACAGCCCAGCGCCAUCCUGAGGAUCGGGGUGGGGGUGGAGUGGGGGCUUCCGGGUGGCCCUUCCCGGCACACAUUCCAUUUGCUGAGCCCCAGUCCUGCCCCCCACCCUCCCCGCCCCUCCCCAGUCUCUGGGGUCAGGAAGAAACCUUAUUUUAGGUUGCGUUUUGUUUUUGUAUAGGAGCCCCAGGCAGGGCUAGUAACAGUUUUUAAAUAAAAGGCAACAGGUCAUGUUCAAUUUCUUCAAA